UGGAAGGCAAUAGUUGACGAUCUUCCACGUUUACUUUCGAUUAUUGCGUACCAUUUGCCUUUGAUAUUGACUCUAAUUGACUGUCGCGAUGUCGUCUCUGUCCGAUGCCACCAAGGUGCACGUUGCCAAGUGCCUGAGCUGCCCGGCUCAGGGCAACCUGGGCCGGCGCUACGAGUGCAUCGUUUGUGGCGACUCGGUGACCUAUUGCGGCGACUGCUAUGAGCAGGGCAAGAAUGCGCCCAGCGAGAAGCACAAGUACUAUCAUCCCAUGAAGGCUAUCUAUAAUCGCGAUUUCUUUGAGCUCUAUUUCCUCGGCGAGGAGAUGGUCAAUGGCGAGGCUCCGCAGAGCUACAAGUGCGCCUUCUGCGAUGAGCUGGGCUUCACGGCCGAGGAGCUGCAGCUGCACGUGGUCGAGAAGCAUAGCGGACACGGCGAUGCGCCCAAGCUGCUGGACAUUUUGGUGCAAAUGAAUGAGCAGAAGAAAUAAAUUGAAGAGAUGUCUCUAAUUUUCGUCCGACCGUUCCGAUUGAAGUUUUCCUAGCG